AUUUGCGUUUUGCCUUCUUGAAACCUCUUUUAGAAGGAACAGAAGGCUGACAGCUCAUACAUAUCUUAUUUUGCGGCGUAAUAGCGUGCUCGGACGUGCUUUGUGAAAAUGUGUAGCGUUAAGACCGAAACUAUUUACCAAGGGAUGAGCAGUGAUGGGACCGACUACAGUGGAGGUGGGGAUGUCGAAACAACGCUGCACUAUGGCCAAGAAAUGCACAGCUAUUGCAAGACUCUACCUCCGAAGGAAGCCAAAGCACCGGCAAAGGCAGCUGUUCGCUCGGAUAGCGAGACAGACAGCUGCGUUGAUGACCAAGGCUCCGAUCGCUCGGAGGAGGAAGAAAUUGUCUACUGCAUCUGCCGUACAAGCGACACCACUAGAUUUAUGAUCGGUUGCGACAACUGCAAUGAGUGGUACCACGGCGAUUGCAUCAGCAUAACAGAAUCGUACGCCAAAAACAUAUUGAAGUUUUUUUGCCUCAUAUGCCGCGACAGGGAUCCGACGCUUGAAAUAAAGUUCAAGGAGCGCAAGGAGAAGUCUCAUUCCUCGCACGAAGAGCACAAGAGUCGAAGCAAGUCUAGAGAUUCUAAAGAUUCCAGAGACGACGAAGCGUACUCUCCUACGAGGCAUAAAGACAAGUCGCACCGUUCCAAGAAAAAUAAGCGUCGGAAGUCCACGCGACAGUGUGGCGAAUGCACGGCAUGUUACAUGACCGAAGACUGCGGACGCUGCGAUUUCUGCAAGGACAUGAGGAAGUUCGGUGGGCCGAACAAGAUAAGGCAGAAAUGUCGCAAGCGACAGUGCCUCAACUUCGGUCUGAUACUGGGCAAGAAACCGGUAUCGUCUCCGAAGCGGCCCAAGGCGGGGCACGACGACGAUUACGAGCUAGACCUGGAUGUGGGUAACGACGGCUCUGACCUGCCGAAUGACUACGUGGACGAUGACUACGAACCAGAGCUUGUCAAGCGUUCCGCGAAGAAGCCUCGUCACAAGCGGAGUCCGACAAAGGGGGGCGACUCGAAGGCGGAGUCUAAACGUGCCCGAAAGGAGGAACACAAACGGGAACACCGUGGCGAGAAAGAGAAAAGUCGCAAGGACGACGACGUACCGAGGCAGUGCUAUGGGCCUGGCUGCACCGCGGCUGUGCGACCAGGCUCUAAGUACUGCAGCGACGACUGCGGCCUGAAGCUGGCCACGAACCGCAUCUACGAGGUGCUGCCACAGCGUAUUCAACAGUGGCAGUCAAGUGUGUGCCACGCAGACGAGUUGAACCGCCGCCAGUUAGAGCAGAUCCGCAAGCAGCAAAUGGAUGCUCGAAGCACUCUUCAGCAGCUGGAAGCUAAGCGAGCAGAACUGGAAAAGGUCAUUGAGAAAGCAAAGCAGACACCUUUGGCUGAAGACGAGGAAGCAGCAGAUGACUAUGAGGAAAGUGAACUGAGCACAUACUGCGUCACUUGUGGGCACGAAGUAAGUGCCCGUGUGGCGAUGCGCCACAUGGAAAAGUGCUUCAACAAGUAUGAGAGUCAGAGCUCGUACGGAUCUGUGUAUAAGACUCGCAUUGAAGGUGACAACGUGUUCUGCGACUUUUACAACCCACACCAGAAGACCUACUGCAAACGACUCCGAAUCCUCUGCCCAGAGCAUUCAAAAGAGCCGAAAGUGAGCGACGAUGAAGUGUGUGGCUUUCCAAUAGCGACAAAUGUGUUUGAACACAGUGGUGAAUUCUGCAAUGUGCCAAAAAAGAAGUGCUCGAAACAUUACUGCUGGGACAAGUUUCGUCGGGCUGAGAUCGACAUGGAGAUUGUGCGGCAGUGGUUGAAACUGGAUGAGCUGUACGAGCAAGAACGCAACACAUGUAUGUCAAUGACAAGUCGAGGUGGUGUCCUGGGACUGAUGUUGCAUCAAACAUUAUCACAUGAUGCACUUUAUGAAAUGCCAGCACCAAUCCAGGCUUGAUGUCACGAAAACAGAUUGACUCUCCCUUGCCUCGCAAAACAAAGAUCCUGUACAUAUUCAUUUAUUUCUUGUGGUUUAGUUUCUUUUUGCAUGAAAAUACACCACAGUUUCACUGA